AUGCUCGGGACUAGGCUUACGAUCUGGGGUAUUCGAAGGCCUGCCAGUCGACUUCUGUCACGCCGAUGGCUGGUUGUGAUGGACUCGUCAUGCUUCCAACACCUCUACGACCAUCCAAGCUACCCCUCUUCAGUGUAUGGUGAUGAUCCACUCGCCAGGAUCAACGAGAAAAGGCGUGGGAUGCUUCUGGAGUCCUUCACUCGCAGCACACUGGAGCGCAUGCACCCCGAAUUGUGCUCGGAAGAUGCAGUCUCCUCGUUGACAUAUGCCGAUGGAAGCCAGCCUGGUUCUUCCACAGCAGAAUGGGAUUUCACACUGGGGGGCAGGCGUGUCGAGCUCAAGACCGCCAUGCUUUGUUUCGACUCUAAAAGAAAGAUUUGGAGGACUACUUUUACGAAUGUUAAGUUGGGACAAGGUGGACACUGGGCGGAGCAACCCUUUGAUGAUCUCUAUCUUCUGAUAUAUACCCCAGAAGACUUUUACCUCAUCAAACAUGACUUGGCAACAGGCAUCGGGAAGGCAGGUGUGGCGACUAGGACUGGAGGGCACGCCAUACGGAUUUCGGGGGCAUCCGGGCAGACCUCCUGGCAGGAGGCUACAGACACCAUUGUGAACAAACUGACUAUGAAAGGGGCCUGCGAAUUGGUUGGCAGGAUUGCGAAAACCCACUCGGCAGUUUCGGCACUGUACACUGAACUGCAGCUCAAAGCCCUGUCUUCACAUGACAGAGCUUACGAUGGCGUUCCGAUGAGCAAUCUGACAACCGGUAUUCGUGCAAAGCGAAUUCAGCAAAUAGCGCUUGAGUUUGACAAGAUGCGGAACCCAGACGGCAUGUUUGAGAGUGCUGCGGGCGAGCCUUCUUCGAAUGGUAGUAUUAGGAGAGGGUCCGGCAAUGCUGCUGUUGACUGGAUCAGGAACGGGGUCAGGGUGGAGGUAAAAUAUGCCAAGGUGUGCUUUCGUCCCAGCCGGAAAUCAUGGAGUUGCGAGUUCUGUAAUAUCAAGGAGGAGCCGCUUGAUGCUUCCAGCAGAGUGUACUUCGACGAGCUCUGGCUGGCAAUGUACAGCCCAUGCAGCUUGGACAUCUUCAAGCACGCUGGGUAUCGCUCACAGCUCCUUUCUCGAGGAGUGCGCACUGAGAGAAAGGGCAAGAAUAUCCUCGUCGACGCAGGCCGCCGUGAUAGCUGCGUGGAGAAUGCGGUCCGACGCAUGCAGGUCAAGCUUGAAGCCGCGCAGGCUGAACCUCUUCUUACACUUCGUUGGAACGCCUGA